CCAUAUACACACUAAUCCUAAAAUAACAACAAACGGUGCGCGGCAAUAAAAAAAAGAAAAUUGGCAAAUUGCCGAGAUGUAACUUUUCUCUUCAUUCAACACAUUGCUUCAACGGCGACACGAGCGCGAGAGCAGCAUGGAAAAGAAAGACAGCGACUGGUCUAUGAGGCUCUGAUAACGAUACUUGCACGGUCAGCUUUAUUGGGUCUACCUUUCUGAGGAAUUGACAGGUGACAAAGCCGUAAGGCUCGACUCACACCAGAAUGGGUAUUAAGACGCUCACCAUCUUUCUCCUCGUCCUCUCCCUCUGUCUAGAGGGAGCAUCAGCCAAAGAAAAAGGAACCAAGAAGGGGAAGAAAAAGGGGAAGCAGGUUUACUGUCCAUCACAGCUGUCAUCUGAGGAUCUGGCACGAGUCCCUGCAAAUUCAACCAGUAACAUCUUGAACAGGUUACUGAUCAGCUAUGAUCCUAGAAUAAGGCCCAACUUCAAAGGAAUCCCUGUGGAAGACAGAGUCAACAUUUUUAUCAACAGUUUUGGCUCCAUCCAAGAAACUACCAUGGAUUACAGAGUAAACAUCUUCCUGCGGCAGCGGUGGAAUGACCCCAGGCUGAAACUACCUCAGGACUUCAAGUCUGAUUCUCUCACUGUUGAUCCAAAGAUGUUUAAGUGUCUCUGGAAACCUGAUCUGUUCUUUGCUAAUGAGAAGAGCGCAAACUUCCACGACGUCACACAGGAGAACAUUUUACUCUUCAUUUUUCGCAAUGGGGACGUCCUCAUCAGUAUGAGGUUGUCCAUCACCCUUUCAUGCCCACUGGAUCUGACAUUGUUCCCCAUGGACACACAAAGGUGCAAAAUGCAACUUGAAAGCUUCGGCUACACCACAGACGACCUGCAGUUUAUGUGGCAGACGGGAGACCCCGUGCAAAUGGACGCCAUCGCUCUGCCACAGUUUGACAUCAGACAGGAAGAUAUCGAUUAUGGCAACUGCACCAAAUUCUAUGAAGGAACAGGGUACUACACAUGUGUGGAGGUUAUCUUCACUUUAAGGAGACAGGUCGGAUUCUACAUGAUGGGUGUUUACGCCCCCACGCUGCUCAUUGUAGUCCUCUCCUGGCUGUCCUUCUGGAUCAACCCUGAUGCCAGUGCUGCAAGGGUCCCUUUGGGCAUCCUCUCAGUGCUCUCGCUGUCCUCUGAGUGCACCUCCCUGGCUUCAGAGUUGCCCAAAGUGUCCUACGUCAAAGCUAUUGACAUCUGGCUCAUCGCUUGCCUGCUGUUCGGUUUCGCCUCGCUGGUGGAGUAUGCCGUGGUUCAAGUGAUGCUCAACAGCCCAAAGUGCAUCGAGGCUGAAAAAGCCAAGAUAGCAUCGAAGGAGAAGGCUGCAGGAAAGAUCCCUGCUGCUAGAAACAACACAGUCAAUGGGACAGGAGGGACACCACUCCAUGUCAGCACUUUACAUGUGGCUGAGACUCGCUGUAAGAAGGUGUGCACAUCCAAGUCUGACCUGCGGACCAAUGAUUUCAGCAUCGUGGGCUCGCUCCCGCGGGACUUUGAGCUGUCGAACUUUGACUGCUAUGGAAAGCCUAUCGAUACCGGCAGUGGUUCUGGAAAAUCCCAGUCUAAGAACAACAAGAAGCCUCCUCCUCCCAAACCAGUGAUCCCCUCUGCUGCCAAAAGAGUUGACCUGUAUGCCAGGGCCCUCUUCCCUUUCUCCUUCCUCUUCUUCAAUGUGAUUUAUUGGUCAAUAUACUUGUGAUCACCUAGAAAUUUUAACCCAUAAACAUCACUCUCAUAAAUGCUUUAUGGAUCAGAAUAUUUCACAAAGUCUAUCCAAGGAUGACUACUUUGAGAGGAAAUCUUAUCCACAUGAAAUGACUGCUGAAAAAACUUUGAAUUGGUUUUAUGACAUUUAUUUUCACAUGAAAAUCCAAUGAUCAUCAUUUUAUGUAUCCAAUGAUUAGAACUUAAACUUCCUUUACCUUAAAUGGUAAUGUAGCAUCUUGUAUUAAAAUACUUUAUUUAUUGAUAAAGGUUCUUGAGAGGCUAAUACAGGAUUGCAGAUGUAACUGUUGUAAUGGAUGGUGUGUAAAAAACACAGAUCUAUAGAUCUAUCUAUAAAAGAGCAUUUGUAAAUAGCUUUUUGAUUUUCUUCCCUUACUGAGCAGGAGUUUGUCCUAAAGUUUAAUGAGUUAAUGCAGAUUUUAUUUACACUAUAAUGCAAAGUAUAACAUUGUAAUUACCUUGCAUGUUAAAGAAAAUGCAUGUAUAUGGAGAUAAAA